UUAAAUUAUUUCUUUUUCAUAAGUAAAACGUUAUUCUAAUCAAACAGUACCAAAGGUCUAAGCUUAAAAAAAUUCAUAUUUUAUAAUAUAAUCUUCCAUGACUGUCUCGUUGAAUAAUUUUAUAAUUUUUGAAGUCGCACAUUAAAUUUGUGUGUACGAAACAUAAAUAAAUAAAAUACAAUAUACAUUCAUAUACCUCUUUUCAUCUCCAUAAGCCAUAGUUUUUGUUAAUGGCUAAGGUUUUCCCUCACAGAGCAGCACCUUCUCCUGCUUUCGAUCUCAUGACUUUUAGAAGAGAAACAUUUACGGUAUGGAUGAAAUCAUUAGUCUGCCAUACUAAUGGUUGCACUGUUUUUGAUACCAAUGGUGAGAUUGUUUAUCGCGUUGAAAACUAUGACAAAAAGUGCAGCAGCGAAGUUUAUCUGAUGGAUCUUCGUGGCCGAGUUCUUGUCACCAUCAGAAGAAAGAGAUUACUACUUUUCGGAAGUUGGUAUGGCUAUAGAUGGAAUGUUGCUGAUAUAAACAAGGAGAAGCCAUGGUUUCAAGUUAGAAAAUGUUGCAGUAUCUGUAUGGGAAAUUUAGCCUGUCAAGUUACUGUAGGUUUUGACAAAUACUGGAUAGUGAAAUUGGGACAAAGAGCAGCUUUUAGAAUCGUAGAUUUCGAAGGAGAUGCAGUUGCGGAGGUGAAGCAGAAGCAAUCAUCUUCAGGAAUUACAUUAGGAGAUGAUGUGUUAACUUUGAUUGUGGAGCCUCAUAUGGAUCAUUCCCUUGUCAUGGCAAUUAUUACUGUUUAUGGAUUAAUCAAUCGCAAAUUGUAGAUUUUUUUAAAUUUUUAUUUGAGAGGGCAGGUUUAGCACAUGCAGGCACCUCAAUCUGUAUAUAUAUAUAUAUAUAUUUUCUUUACCCAGAAUUUUUCAUAGAAAGUAUUUUCUUGUAGCAAGUUCUUACACAAAUACUGAUAAAGAGUA